UCCUUUCCUUAAAUUUUUCUAUAUGCCAUUUAACAACAAUAUAAAUAUCCUACUUGGCCUGCACCUUUCUUCCCAUCAAGGUGCUCUUCUUCCUUCUCUACUUAACGUUACUUACGUUUUGUUCCCACUUGUAACUAGGAGACACAGAGAUAUGAGCAUCUUAGUGGUCGGUCAGUCGCGCGUGCCGCCCGGUUUUCGCUUCCAUCCAACCGAGGAGGAGCUCUUGAACUAUUACUUGAAGAAGAAGGUGGCCUGCCAGAAGAUAGACUUGGAUGUCAUACGUGACAUUGAUCUCAAUAAGAUAGAACCCUGGGACAUCCAAGUCAAGUGCAAGAUAGGGUCAGCCCCACAAAAUGAGUGGUACUUCUUCAGUCACCAGGACAAGAAGUAUCCGACGGGCACACGCACUAACCGAGCAACGGCAGCCGGGUUCUGGAAAGCCACUGGCCGUGAUAAGGUCAUCUAUGCCGCCAGCUUCAAACGGAUUGGCAUGAGGAAGACACUGGUCUUUUACAAAGGCAGAGCCCCCCAUGGCUUGAAAUCCGACUGGAUCAUGUAUGAAUAUAGACUUGAUGACCACCUUUAUACCAAGUCCUCUUCCAACGCCUCUAGCCCUGCUGGUGAAACAGCACAAGAGGAAGGAUGGGUUGUUUGCCGUGUAUUCAAGAAGAGAAAUUGUCAGACUUCCUCUACCGCUAGCGACGCCAAGGCCCAGACGUUGCAUUAUUCAUGCAACGAUGAGGCCUUGGACCAAAUCCUACAGGGCUUGGGAAGAUCUUGCAAGCAAGAAAGCAAUGCAAUCGUCAGCAUCGACAACAUGAAAGACAAUAAGAAUUAUCCUAGGCCAAUCGAAACUUCCUUAGGUAGCAUGAAGCUUCUCGCUUUGGAAAGUCCAAUUCUCCCACCACUGCCAGAUUUUGCACCAGAAGUUGAGCCUGCCGAUGCGAUCAUGGACAUGGACUGGCCAUCACUGAACUACGAGAAUGUAUUCCAUAGUACUGGAAGCUACUUGGAGGCACAGAAGCAGCUACCCUACAUUGAUGACCCCAGCUUUGGGCUUAUCUCUUCAAAUGGACUCUUCAGCAACUCGCAAGACUAUCGCCAUGGAGUUGGUGACCCAUGGACCUUCGUGCGGUCGGUGUCAUCCAGUUCGGACCACACGUGCCACAUCUUGCACCCGUGCUGUAACAUAACGACCCAACAACUUGCUAAAAAUAUCUAAAAAGUGGGUAGAACUAUGUUUCUUAUCAGUAUAGGCAUUAUUGUAAGAUAUGAAUCUGGCCGCCCUAUAUGAGUAUGUAGACUGUAAAUGAGACAGGAGGAUAUGGGAAUGAUAUGGCAUUA